ACCUGCUUUGAUCGUAAGUUGAAAAGACUAUCCAACCCUAUAACAAGAAAGAAGAUCUACAUAAACACUCCUUUGUUAGACAUAGUUAUACAAACCCUAGAGGUAGUUCAUUCUGCAUUCAUCAAAAGCUCUUGGAAGUUCCCUUGAUCAAAACAAAAUCCAAAACAACAACAAAGCGUAACAAGUUCGGUGGAACAAGGGCAUGGCUUCCAAGCCUGGACCUUUAUCUGAGUGGCCAUGGAAAGGUCUUGGAAACUACAAGUACAUAGUUUUGGCACCAUGGGUAGCACACAGUGUGUAUUCAUAUGUGACUUCCAAGGACGAAAUAUGGGAGAGAGACUUAACAAGCUUACUGGUAUUCCCAUAUUUGCUAUGGAGGUGGAUUCAUGGCCAAAUUUGGAUAACACUAGCUCGUUUUCAAACAGCUCGAAGCAAACAUCGUAUACUCGAUAAAGGCAUUGAAUUCGAACAAGUUGACAGAGAAAGAAACUGGGAUGAUCUGAUAAUACUCAAUGGAUUGAUAUUCUACCCAAUGAUCAACAUUCUUCCCGGAGCAUCAAAUUUACCUAUAUGGAGAACUGACGGUGUAGUCAUUUCAUUUCUGAUUCACGCUGGUCCAACCGAAUUUCUCUACUACUGGUUGCAUAAAGCUCUGCACCACCAUUACCUCUACUCUCGUUACCAUUCUCAUCAUCAUUCCUCCAUUGUCACCGAACCCAUUACAUCCGUCGUUCAUCCCUUCGCGGAGCAUAUAAUGUACUUUAUCCUAUUUGGCAUACCCAUGGCAGUCCCAGUAUUAACUGGAACUGGAUCCAUUGCAGCAAUGUUGCUUUACAUAACAUAUGUUGAUUUCAUGAACAACCUGGGGCAUUGCAACUUCGAACUUGUCCCCAAAUGGGUAUUUGAUGUUUUCCCAGUUCUGAAGUACAUCAUGUAUACGCCAUCGUUUCAUUCUCUUCAUCAUACACAAUUCAGGACAAACUUAUCGCUAUUCAUGCCUUUGUACGAUUACAUGUAUGGUACAAUGGACGUAUCAUCAGACAAGUUAUAUGAAACUUCACUGAAAGGGAGAGAGAAUAAAGUUGAUGUAGUUCACUUGACCCAUCCAACCACACUUGAAUCGAUCUAUCAUCUUCGGCCAGCCAUUGCUUCUUUGGCAUCCAGUCCUUAUGCCCCAAAAUGGUAUCUGUGGGUGUUUUGGCCCAUCACAUAUGGGUGUAUGCUGUUAAGUUGGAUUUGGGAUACAACUUUUACUGUCGAGAGGCAUUUGUUUGAUGAUCUCAAAAUGCAAACUUGGGCUGUACCAAGAUAUUCUUUCCAAUAUUUCUUGCCAUGGCAAAAAGAUAAAAUCAAUAACUUGAUUGAGAAAGCUAUAGUAACAGCUGAGGAAGCAGGUGCUAAGGUGUUCAGUCUAGGUCUCCUAAACCAGGGAGAAGAAUUGAAUGGAAAUGGUGAACUCUAUCUUCAAAAGAAACCAAAGCUAAACAUAAGAAUUGUGGAUGGUAGUAGUUUGGCAGUGGCAGUGAUACUCAACAGCAUUCCACAAGGAACUAAAGAAGUACUUCUCAGAACAAAUCUUUCUAAAGUUGUUUAUGCAGUUACUGAAAAGUUGUGUCAGAAAGGAGUGAAGGUAGCUGUGGUUUCCAGUAAUGAUCUGAAGAACCUUAAACUUAGACUUUCCACUGAAUUAUGGAGUAAUUUGAUCCUUGCAACUACUCGCAAUCAAAAGGUAUGGUUGGUUGAAGCUGGAGUUUUGACAGAAGAUGAGCAAAAACAGGCACCAGAAGGAACACAUUUCAUACCAGUCUCACAAUUUCCAGUAAAGAGAGCUAGAAAGGACUGUGUUUACUACACAACUCCAGCCCUGGUUAUUCCUAAAGCUUUAGAGAAUGUGCAUGCUUGUGAGAACUGGUUGCCGAGAAGGGUAAUGAGUGCAAUGCAUGUAGCGGGAGUUGUGCAUGCAUUGGAAGGAUGGGAUUCACAUGAGUGCGGAGACAAGUUACUCGAUGUGGAGAAAGUAUGGAGUGCUGCUGUUCGUCAUGGAUUCCGACUUCCUGUCGUGGUUCGCAGUUCUUAAGUUAAGAUGGACAGUCAUCCAGUGAAUGCAGUCAGACUGCCCAUAUCUCCAAAACUUCUUUUAGUUUCAUUUGGUUGGUGUGUAACUAGCUUUUGUUAUGAUAUGUUCCAGAAUAUUGCAGUAUGGAUUCUUUAAGUUUCUCAGUUUGUGCUAAAAUCUAUACAUGUUCAGACAAUUAUUCUACAAACAAAGAUUAAUGUAUAAACUAUAUCUAUGAGAGUAUUUAUCUGUGUUAGAAGUGUUUGUAUUAAGUUGAAUAAAAAUCAGCUGAUGGUGCAGAGCGCCUAGGAAGUCUUCCAUGGCCAUUGCGUCCUUUUCUUAUC